AUGUCAUCCACCGACCCCCUCCCCACCCCUUUCAGCAGCCAGUGGCGUGCGGGCCACUGGCAGGCAUCCAACUACGCCAACCUGAUGCGAGACCAGCGCUUGGCCCGCCUCAACGACAUUCUAGACAAGGCCCACGACCACCACAUGGCCGAGAAGACCAACAAUCGGCCGGUGCUGGACUCUCUCCGGACUACAAUGAACGCGCCGCCGUACGUCAGUGCGGCUUGGGUGGGAGAGCAGUUGGCAGCUGCUUCCCUGCCCAAGAAGAAAAACAAGAAGAAGGGCAAGAAGGGCAAGAAGAAUAAGAAGAAGGGGGGUGUUGGUCUCGAGGCCGAAAUGGAGAAGACCGAGUAUUCGAACUCCCGCUUCAUGAAGUACAUGAAGCUCUUAGUGUCUUCUCAGAAGGCACUGCCUCCUCUUUCUCCCAGCGAGACAAACUUCUUGCGGGAGGGCGUCAUCGGCGACACGGCGCGCGCCAUCACAGGUCUCGCCCACAGCAAUGAGUACCCCAUCAGCCACCGUAUUGGUGACGCCGUGCCGGUGGCCCUCGUCAACAUUCCGCAGGGCUCGACCAUCUACCAAGAACAGCCCUGGAUCACUCUUCGGCUCCCUCUCGACCCCUCGGUCAUCAUCGGGAAAUACUGCGCCCUCUCCGCCGAAGACCAGGCCCUCUUCGAUUCCUUGGGCCAUAACGUCAGCGCCGACUUCAUCGAGCGGCAGCUUCCCACGCUGAAAGACACGCACCCCGUUGCCCUCAACACGAACUCCAAGGAGCACGCCAUCAUCGCAACCUGGCUUACGCACCAGGAUCCCGGACUACACAUAUGCAGCAUUCCGACUACGUCCCGUAGAGACAGCAGGAGCAUCUACCCCCAUCUCCUUCAGCACGUCCGCACUUCAUGCUCUCCCAAUUGCCAUCUGAUCCGCGACGACCGCUACAACGGCCUAGUCCUCCGCUCCGCCCGCGCCAUCCCCCGCGGUGAGCCCAUCACUUACUGCCCGAUCCCCGACUACAUGCUCUUCACGCACGACGCACGUGCGGUCAAGCUCCACGAGACGAGAGGCCUUCCAAGCUGCAAGUGCGACCUCUGCUGCCCGCUGAUCGCCCCUCCUCCUCUUGCAUCGGGAUCCACCACCACAACCACCCCGAGCAAGACCAAAGACAAGAACAACAAGGGCAAGGCCACGACCCCAACCCCAUCCACAGCUGUUCGCGACAGCAGCAGCAGCAGCAGCGCCACCACCACCACCGUCAACCCCGACGCCAUCCCCCUCAUGCGCCGCAUCGCCAUCGAGACCCGCCGCCAGCAAACCGCCCACGCCUGGUCCGCAUGGCGCGCCCUCCGCGACCCCUUCUGGUCCUCCUCCCCAUCCUCCCCCUCAUCCUCCCCCACCGCCUCCCCCCUCCCUCCCCCCACCCACAACCAGCACCCCUCCCCCCCCUCCCCCCAAACCAUCGAAUCCCUCGCCCUCCGCCUGGACAACCUCCUCAGCGAUAACGACGCCGCCGCCACCGCCACCGCCGCCGACAACAACGAAUCACCCUCGUCUUCCUCCUUUCCCACAGUCAGCCCCCUGCAAGCCUGGCUCCGCAGCGACGCCUCGCACGCGCUGCAAGACGCGGGCGACUGGCGCGGGGCGGCGGCGUGGGCGCGGCGCGAGCUCGAGGCGGACGCGGUGCUGUUGGGGGUCGGACACGAGGGGUGCCGGGCGACGCGGAUGCGGGUGGUGCGGGUGGUGGAAGAGGGGGAGGUGGUGGGGAGGGUGAAAGGGGGGGUCUUGGCGAGGGGGAGGGAGAGGGAGAGGGAGAGGGAGAGGGUGGGGGAAAGGGGGGAAGAGGGGGGAGAUGUGGUGGUGGCGAGGGGGUUGAGGGAUGUUUUGGAGGAGGAGGGGGAGGAGGGGAGGGAGGACGAGGGGGAGGUGGUGAGGGGGUUGAGGGGGAUUUUGAGGGAGAUGGGAUUCGGGGAGGAUGAUGGGGAGGAGAUGGAGGCGAGUACUGGCAUUGGGAAGGAGGAGGAGCGGGAUAGGGGUGAACGUGUGGAGGAGGAGUAA